AUGCCAAUCUCCGUCGACUACACGGCCGGACACCACGAUGGGGCGCGUACCCUCUCGCCCGCGACGUGGAAGAUCAUCGUGUCGUACGCCGCCGGCGCCGGCGUGACGGCCAUCUACGCCGCCCUCCAGCGCAAGGGCAUCGGGCCGCCCGCCGAGAAGGAGGACUUCCGCAUUGUGCAGCAGGAAAAGUACGGCACCAACAAGAAGGACCCACCCAAGGACGCCGAGGCGGAAGAGGCCUAG